AUGGACACAAGUAUAGUCAUCUUACCAGAAGAUAAAGAACGAAUUACUGUGGUUAUGGACAAAGCUGACUACAUACAAAAAGCCAAAGAACUACUCCAAAACACAAACAACUACCGCAGAAUCGACGCGGAUUACACCACCAAACUGAAAAACAAAAUCAACACCACACUGAAACGACUAGAAGAACAAAAACGGUCACUUCAUCAGCACUGA